GUUGCUCGCAAGGUCGACAUGAAGCUACGUCUUCAUUGUGGGACUAGUGAUUAUCUUUUCUUUCUCAAGAUGAUACGAUAGCGCUGCUCUACACCAAUCCUCUACUACAUCCUUCCUCAGCGACUCACCCGGCCUCUGUUCGUUGAAGCCCACACCCAAAAUGGGCUCCCGCGCCCGCAAGUUCCACGAAGAAGCAGGAGAUAAGGAAUUGACACCCUACGAGAAAGUACAGAAAUGGUUCGAAGUCGCCGGCAUGGAAGGCUACGGCGGCCACGAUUCGCUCCUGCCCAAAAUCAUGACCCUCGAAUCCGCAAUAUUCGACCCCACGCCCUCGAACCCGCACAACUCCCAAACAGUCUUCAGCCUCACCAUCCCGCGGGAGCUCUGCAACAUGUCCGGCAGCCUGCAUGGGGGCGCAGUGGCACUCAUAUUUGAUAUAUGUACGUCGACCGCCAUAACCGCGUGUUCAAAGGCUGGAUUCUGGGAUACGGGGCAUGUGAGUCGGACGCUGAACUGCACGUAUUUGAGGCCGGCGAUGGAGGGCCAGAAGGUGUGGGUAGAGAGCCAGGUUGUGCAUUUGGGAAAGAGGCUGGGGAUGACGAGGGGGGAGAUAAGGACGGAGGAUGGGAAGGUGUGUUAUUUGUGUGAGCAUGGGAAGGCGGCUGUGGGGAAGAGUAGUUUAUGAGCAAAAGGGAACAGGUGGCUGUUCGAUGAUAAAGCGCCACAAUGCACAUGAUGGGACGAUAAGAGGAAUACAGAAUACCCGGUAGAACAUGAUAGAAUUAGGGUAAGAAAGGCUAACGCCAUGAUUAAGCUAUGAAACGUAACAUAGUCUUGUCCGCCAUACCUGCAUUCUAGGUGGCACGACAGACCCCACAGCAGCAAAGACCCGCUCGAGCUACGAUGGCUA